UUGGUCACACUUAAAUCUCUUGGUCCAAAGGGCGAUUUAACAAUAAUUAGAAAUUAUGUGGAGGUAUAGCACGAAAUUAGCAGGAAACGCUACGUUCUGCAGGCGAAUUGCGACGCAUAGUCCCAAGUUGGGGGCGGAAACCAAUCGAAGCAAGGACAAGGCAAGUGAGAAUGGGUCUUUUAUGGCCAACAUAUUUCGGGGGUCCUUGGAGUCAAGCCAAGUGUUCCCGUAUCCGGAUGUGCUGAGCUCGGAUCAGAAGGAGCUGACCAACAGCCUGAUAGACCCGUUUGAACGAUUCUUCGCGGACGUCAAUAACGCCGCACUGAACGAUGCGAAUUCCAAACUAGAUGACACCACGGCGACGGCUUUGUGGGAACUUGGGGCCUUUGGAAUCCAAGUGCCGUCUGAUUACGGCGGCCUCGGUCUGAAUAAUACCCAGUACGGCAGACUGUGCGCAAUUGUAGGUGCCAAUGAUCUGGGACUGGGCAUCACGAUUGGCGCCCAUCAGAGUAUUGGAUUCAAGGGAAUCCUUUUGUACGGCACCCCGGAACAAAAGGAGAAAUAUCUGCCCAAAGUGGCCUCCGAGCAAGUCUACGCGGCCUUUGCCCUCACGGAGCCAAGUUCCGGAUCUGAUGCUGGAUCGAUUCGGUGUCGCGCUGUUAAAAGCGCUGAUCAAAAGUACUUCGUGCUAAAUGGUUCGAAAAUUUGGAUAUCUAAUGGUGGAAUAGCUGAAAUAAUGACUGUAUUCGCUCAGACCGAGCAGGUGGACCCAAAGACUGGCGAAAAGAAGGACAAGGUUACUGCGUUUAUUGUGGAACGAUCUUUUGGAGGAGUUACCAAUGGACCACCAGAGAAAAAAAUGGGUAUCAAGGCAUCAAACACUGCUGAAGUUUACUUUGAAGAUGUUAAAAUUCCAAUUGAAAAUGUGCUUGGCAAGGAAGGGGAUGGAUUUAAGGUUGCCAUGAACAUAUUGAACAACGGUCGGUUCGGAAUGGGUGCCACGCUCUCGGGAACAAUGAAAAAAUGCAUUGAAUUGGCCACCGAUCAUGCCAACAAUCGUGUGCAAUUCGGGCAAAAACUAAAGAACUAUGGAUCCAUUCAAGAGAAGUUAGCCCAAAUGAAUAUUCUGCAAUAUGCCACGGAAUCAAUGGCGUUCACCAUUUCGCAAAACAUGGACGCCGGCAGCAAGGACUAUCACUUGGAAGCCGCGAUAUCAAAGAUCUAUGCCUCGGAGAGCGCCUGGUACGUUUGCGACGAGGCCAUUCAAAUUCUGGGCGGCAUGGGAUAUAUGGUGGAAACAGGUCUAGAACGAGUCCUGCGCGACUUGCGUAUUUUCCGCAUAUUCGAGGGCACAAACGACAUUCUUCGGCUGUUCAUUGCACUGACGGGCAUCCAAUAUGCGGGGUCCCAUCUCAAGGAACUGCAGCGAGCAUUUAAAAAUCCCUCCGCCAAUUUGGGACUGAUUUUCAAGGAAGCCUCAAAGCGUGCUGCAUCGACGGUCGGUUUGGGAGGCACCGAUUUGAGUGUUCACGUAGUGGAUGAACUCCUACCCUAUGCCAAGAAAACAGCCCAUUGCAUUGACCUUUUCGGUCAGUCGGUGGAAGAACUAUUGCUGCGAUACAACAAAAAUAUAGUAAACGAGCAAAUUUUGCUAACACGACUGGCAAACGCUGCCAUUGAUAUAUACUCUAUGGUUGUGACGCAAUCACGAUCAUCUCGCGCUGUAAGUCUUAAUCUUCCAACUGCGCAGCACGAGCUUAACAUGACCAAGGCACUGACCAUUCAGGCCUCUGAUCGAGUGAUCAAGAACCUGCAGGCUGCCACUUCUAGGCAUCACAAGGCCCUUAAUGACAAAAUAUCCACAAUCGCUUUAACUACCCUUGAAAAUGGUGGUGUAAAUACAACUGGAGUCUUAGAACAAAGUUAGUCAAAUUUACAUUAAUACGAAUUUAAAGCCUUUGAAUGUUUUUUUAAAUAUGAAAUCAAAAAAAAUAUUGUAAAUAAUGAAACACGAAACAAUAAAGUAAACCUCACUUAUUUACUAAAA